AUGCAUAAUUCACGUCAUGGAUUCGGCCAAGAGUUCCCAGGAGGACCAAGAAAUAUGCCAAAAAGAAUGGGCUCUGGACAUUUAUCGAGAAAAAUGGUUAUCGACAAUGAUGAUAUCGACUUAUAUGGUCAUUCUCCGAUGCCUAUUGGUGGGUUUGGUUUAGGUGCUGACGAAGAAGGCUAUUCAAGCAGGCAAAUGGAAAGUCUGAGAAAAAUAAAAGAACAACGUCUUCCCAAUCAAUAUGUCAAAACUACAGAUAUAACAGAUCAAAUACCAUUUAGACCAGUUACAUUUUAA